AAUGUCUAUGUGAGUUCUAUAAUUUGAUAAAAAUAUUAUAAUUCGAUCGUUUUCGUCGUCGUCGCGUUUACUGUUCGCCGUCCGUUCGCCCGUGGCUAUCAUUACGUUAUACUUACCACACGUAAUACCUAUCAAUUUGUGUGCAAUAGGCUCUAACAGUCGACUUGUCGGAAUUUUUUACUGUAAAAAGACCCUUCAAAUCUAUUUAUUCCAUAUAAUUUGUGGCUUGAAUAGCCUGGUACAAUUGUAAAGCGACCGGCCGUUGUGUGGCUCGAAUAGCCACAUUUGUCAUUGUUACCGUAUUUUAUUUACAUUACCUUAAGUUAUCGUUAGUUACCUAACCUUAUAUAGUUGUAUGUAUGUAUAUAUAUAUAUAUAUAUAUAUGUAUCAUGUAUGCAUGUACGUACGCGCGUGUGUGUGUGUGAACUUUUACCCAUUUCUAGUUUAAGACCAGUUGGCCAGUCUGCACAUCACAUCAACUUGUGAGUACCUACCUAUACUUAUAUUGUAUUUUUUCAUGGUCCCGUAAUUCGGGCUGUGAUUAUCAUUACAUUAAUUGGUUAUUGUACUGUUUCAAUCGGUGUAUAAUACAAAACAUUAAGCCGAUUUCCGAAUUACCAUUUAUUAUUAGAGUUACCUUUAGUCAUUAGUUUUUAAGUACACACACCCACACGUAUACACACGCACACACAUCACAACACCUACUGCUACUACGUGGCAGUUCAAAUUUGGUCGGGCGUUUCUAAUCACAUCUGGUUGCGCUACUUACAAUAUGUUAUGGAUUAAAUAUUUGACGGCUAAAUUACGGUUUGGCUGGAAUUUUUUUCGGUUUUUUUACGCGCUCCCGGAUAUUUCCUUAUCGGUCCAGUCUGGAACUAGAUAAAAAAAAAAAAACCCACCUCAAGAGUUUGCCAAUAGAUUACGUAGAACGGUAUAGUGUUAACCUGUUAAAGGUUUAAACCAGACAUAAUUUUCUAUGACUAAACCGAUUAUUGGGUUUGAUGAUGGCAGGACGCGUUUAGGUUUUGCGAGAUGAAAAGCCUUAAUAGUUAAAAUCUGUAUUGCCGGAUAGGCACAAAAUUCGAUUAUCUGACUGGGCCGAUUAGCAGUUUGGAUAUUGAGAUUUUACGCAGUUAGAACGGGACAUUUGACAUUAAGCUAUUUAAUUACCCAAAAGCCAACUACGGUGUCUAUAGUGUACUCUAUUCACAGGUUAAUUAUGUCAACUUGUUAUGUUAAAAUUUAUCAAAUCAAUAUUACUUGAAACUUAUAGUUUUAACUAAAUUUUAUUUUAACUAAUUACUGUGCAACUUUGGAAAAAUAAAGUUAUAUAUAGGUUUCCUUUACACGAUGAUUAUAAAAAUUUAAUGAAAUUUAACUAUUUAACAUAAUUUUAAACAUAAUCUAAGCGAAUCGAGGAAUGUUUUGGUUUUACAAUGAUGUUUAUUUAUUUUGUUUUUUAUCUGUAAACCACUUUUCUACCAGAAAUCUUGUUCCGAUGUAACAAGUGUUGUACAUGAAAAAAGAUUUGAUCUGGGCGGUACUUUAAGGAGGUCAUUUUUGAAUUUUCAUACUAAUUGGGAAAAAACGGAAAAAUCUACGAAAUGUAAUAUUUUUAAUUUUGUUUUUUGCUGAGAUUUAGUUAAAAAUAUUCGUAGAGACUUGAAAUUCGGACAGGAAAACUAUAUUUGUCUUAAAUAGACGUGGUUACAUUUUCAAAACAUUUAAAUUAUUUGUAGAUAUUUUAAUUUUACGAGAUUUUUACGUAAAUUUUUAAUCGGUAGGUUUCUGAGAUACAAUUGUUAGAUCAAAUAGAAAUGCUUGAAAAUUUAACAGGUGGUUCAUAACAAGUCGUACUUUGUUGUAAAAUAAAAAUAUUUGAUUGUAAUGUAGAAUAUCUUUUUAAUAAGAAUUUUGACGGAAAUCGUAGGUAAACAAUACGGCUUUUUAAAAAAUAUGUGACCAAACUCCGCUCAGAUUCGUUUUUCGUUAGCAAUGAUAGUACAGAUAGACAUUAAAUUACCCUCUAUAUCCUACUUUCCCAAAUUUUCACCUAUACAACAGUGGCCUGCCUAUCGUGCGAAGUAUAUCCGUCUUUAUGGUCAGAUUUUGUUUUCACGGGACAUAAACACCUACACGUCAUAUCGUUAUAAACAUAGGUAUCGUAUAUAUUGAACAUAAUGGGUGGGGAAAAUUCGACUUUAAUGUCUGAGCUCUGCUGCUCGAGCAUUGUUUAUAUCAUCUGCGCUAAUACGUUGCGCCGGAUUAGGUAAAUCUCUUUCUGCCGGCAUAAUAAUAUUUUAAUACCUACGGCAAUAAAACCGACGAUAAUACCAUCCGCAGGGACGCUCAAUAGGUAAUGUUUACACGUAUACAAUAUAAAUGUACAGAUACACACGAUUACUACGCAUUAUUACACAGUCGACACGUGCGUUUCGCGGUCUCUCUUUUUUUAGUUCGCGAUUUGCGCGUGCGACUUGCGAUCCGUGCCCACUCGACAAACGUCAACGAUUCAGGCGUUUUAUUGCUUUAUUAGUCGUCAAUGAAUGGUUUACAACUCCGGUAGCCUAUCUUACGGACUGUUAUUGCGUCAUACUAUUGUGAUUGUAUAAUAUGUGUAUAAUAUGCGAGCGCGUCUCGACGUAUUUUUUUCGAAUUUAAUAAUAAUUAAUCGUUUUUCAUAAACACCGCGGCGCCGAGUGCACGCAAACGACAAGACCGUGCAGAACGAGACCGAUCAACCUAAAACCUAAAACAAAACCUACAAUAAUUCUUUAUCGGAAAUAAUAUUAUUAUACAGUGCCUAUUUAUAAACACUGCACACUGGCGCAGCGCAUACAAUAUUUUACUGUACCUACCCUGUAACCAUAACAUAAUACCUAACCCGACAUAUUUUCGUCGUCGCACGGAUUGUUUGUGGACUACCCGUUAUCACGGUUAGCGGUCGUGCGACGUACCUAUUUGAUGCGACAGAGUCCGCGGAGAACUUGAAGCGACGCGAUGGAAGCGCAACAGGAAACCCGCGGCCCGUCGGCGACGAAGAGGAGGCGACAUUCGCGGCUCAUGUCCAACUCGUCCGUAAUGACGGCUGCCUCGGCCGUCGUUGUUUCGGCCGGAGACAAACAUAAAAUAUCGUAAGUUUAACGCGGUGGUUGGCCUCUUUUUUUCCAACAAUUUAUGUUUAUUUCAUCCGUUCACAGGAACACCGAGGCGAUCGUACACAUGGUCAAGGCGACCAUUGGCGGCGGAUUCCUGGCGAUGCCAGAGGCUUUCAGCAACGCCGGUCUGUUGGUGGGUUCUGUGGGCACCGUGAUCAUGGGGUUGUCCGUGUUGAACAUGAUGUCUUCGAUAGUGAGUACAAUAAUUAUUGUACAUUAUCGUUAUUUUUUGUCAUUCUUAUUUUAGGAUAUGAAACUACAGAAAUCUACAUAAUUAAGUUCCAUAAAUAGAUUAAAUAUUAAGCUGUGGUCACAGAAUGAUAGUUCAUCGGGAUGAUUGCCAUCAUGAUACAAAAAUAUUGUGAUAGUUUACUUUAAGCUUGCUCACCCUAUUUGUAUGGCUAAAUCAUGUAUAAAUUCAAAUUCUGAUUUUCGGAAUUUUUAAUACCACGAUAUUUUCGCAUACCUACUAAGAUUUUUCACAAAAAUUAAGGUGCAUAAAAAACGUCUGUUGCUGAGUUAUUCUGUUUUCAAUACUAAGGAUAAUAUAGCCUUUUAUAUGGGAACUGUUUCAUAAGAAUCGUGUAUAGACAAUUUUUUUUUUAACACACUUUAAUAUUCUGAAAAUAAGAAUUUGAUAUGCAUAAUUUAACCAUACAUUUGGUGUGAGCCUGCUAAAAAGUUCAUUGUGUAUAUUAUAAUAAAUAUUUAAAAAAGAAAUAAGAGGUGAUGGGAAGGUAUAUCUCCUGAACCUCCUUGCCGUAUAUAUAUUUAUUUGAUAAUUUUAAAGCAGAUUGAUUUAUAAAUUACUUAUAAAAAUAUUUAAAUUCAAUAUGUAUCAUUAUUUUAGAUUUUAAAUUGAGCGAGGAAUGUAUUGGUUUUACAAUGAUGUUUAUAUUUUAUUUUAUUUUUUUUUUGUGAACAACUUUUCUAUCACAAAUUUUGCUCCGAUAUUCAAGUGACUGAAAGGAAUUUUGAUUGGGGUGGUACAUUAAGGAGAAUAUUUUUUGAUUUUUCCAACUGUUUUCAUAAUAAAUGUAAAAAGAGAUAAAUUUACGAAAUGUAUUAAUAAAUAUUAUGACUUUUUCGACUGGUUUUGUGAUACUGUCAUUUUUUUUCAUUGAAGAUCAAACAUUCCACCCAAAUAUAAUACAUACAGGGCUCGGAUAUUAAACAAAUUUCGUAAUUUAUUUUCUAUAUAUUAAGUUUAAUUGUUUAAUUUUUAUCUAGGUACUAAUUUGAUUCACGUAUCGAGUGUCGUAUACUGAAAAAAUUAUACCAUUUCCAUUUGCAUAAAUUGCAUAUUUUACGAGUUUGUGUAAUUCAGAAAUCCAAAACAAAAACAAAUGCUGUAAAAAGGCAUUUUUUUUUUUUUUUUUUUGAGGAUACAUAAAUGUAUAUUUCAGAAUAUUAUUACAGAGGUUUUUACGUCAUUUUUAUUCAAUAUGUUCUCUGCCAGAAAUGCUUGAAGAUUUAAUAGGAGAUUCAUUAUAAUUUUUACUUAGUGGUGAAUAAGAAAAAGUUGAGUUUAAUUUAUUUAUUUUCUAUGAAUUUUAGUAUCAAAUGUUGACGAAAAUAGUAAAUAUUACGGCCUUUAAUAACAUGUAUAUCCGAACUCUACUCAAAAUCGUUUUUUACAGAUAUACGUUAAAUUCCCCUCCAUAUCCUACCUCCCUAACUUCUCACUUACAACAGUGGCCCACCCACUGUUUUAGUGGGUGUUUCACAUUGUUUUAGUCUAUAUGUGCGUUAUAUAAUAUGACAUAAUUUCCGAGUUCAAUAACUAUCACGUCUGCAAAGUUGGCCCCUAACUUUGUAGUAAAGUCUCCAAAACUGUGUCAAUAUUUAGCAAGCGUUUUGUACCUUUUAGAAAUGAAAAUUAAAAAAAAGACACACAUGCUUCGGACAUUGGUACAGCCACUGUUGUAGGUGAGAAGUUGGGAACGUAGGAUACAGAGGGGAAUUUAAGGUAUAUUUGUAAGCAAUGAUAAACAAUUGUUAACGAAAAACGAUUCUGAGUUUAGUUGAUAAUGAUACUUUGUCAACAAUAUACAUGUCAUAUUAUGGUAAAAUAAUUAAACAGGUAUUAUAUAUUUUCUUUAAUAAUAUCUGUUUAAUAUUGUACCUAUUUUCUCGUUUUUUCUGGUUUUUCCCAUUCGUUGAGAAAACUCCUGGAAAAAUCUAAACAUUUUUCUUAAAAUACCUUUAUUGUCAGAUUUCCUUUUAGAAAAAAUGGUAUUAUUGUAAAUUGAAGCGAAAUUGCUGGUAGAAAACUUUUCACAAGAAUAAAAAAGACCAAAAUAUUUUUUAACUAAUAACUACAUUUCGUACUUUUCUCCGUUUUUUGUCCAUUUUUUUUUUCGGUUUAUCACAUUUGAUAAGGAAACUCCUAAGAAAAUCGAAAAAUGACCACCCUAAAGUACACUCACUACACUGAGAAUCUAAAAGUUACAACCUAGACCUUUAUUGCCAUAUCGGUAUUUUAAAACGGGUGGACCAAUUUUACGAAGCUCCCUGACUAUGUCUUAUUAACUACGGACUUGGGACAAUAUUUAGCAACACUUAUGCUAGUAAUACGGUAUAACUAAACAAAUUUAAAACUUUUAAUUUUAAAUUUCGUCAAAUAGGUAAAAUCAAUAAUGCACUAUGAAUUAUUAUGUUGAACUUUAGUUAUUUGGUUACGUGUACCUGCUAAAUAAAUAUAUCUGGUUAUUGUGAAAACUUGAAAAAAGUUUAAUUCUGGUCGAUCCACAAGUAUUUUUGUAGGCACUUAAAAUUUUCAGUUUUCUUCUCACAGCCGUUACGUAUAAUAAAUACAUAUUUUCAAUAAAUUCCUAUAAUUUAAUUUCUUAUAAUCACUGAUGGAAAAGAAUACGUUCAUAUUGUAUGAACUGGACAUGAAAAGUUCAAUAUAUUCAAAGAAUAUAAAUUCUGAACUAAAUUCUUAUUUACUAUGAACUUGAACAUUUUUGGUUCGUUUAUUGACAAAUUAGCUUUCAUAGACCAUAAUAAUAUUUAUAAUGUUUAAUUUAAUACAAAUUUAAUAAAGUUUAAUAAUGAUUUUAAGAUAAAAUUUUGUUGAAAAUUGUAAAUAUUAGGACCUUUCAAAUAAUGUACAAACGAACUUUGUUCAGAAUCGUUUUUCGUUAGCAAUGGUUUUUAAUUGCUACAGACAUAAGUUAAAUUAUUUUAUAUAUCCUAUCUUCCUAACCUCUCGCCUACAAAAGUUGCGCACCCAUCAACAGUAUCAGCUGUUUUUAUGAUUAUUAUUAUUAUUUAUAUUACAUUAUGUUAUAGUUUUUCUACAAGUUACUUGUUUUUUUUUUUUUUUUUUACCGCCAAAUCUUAAUCAUCGAAAAUGACUUUUGUAAAAAAAAACAUCGCUGAAAAGUCCUAUUUCUAUGUAAAAGUAUAUUAUUAUAAUGUGUGCGCAUGCAUAGGUUCGAAUGUCGCAGGCUUUGCGGUCCGGCAAGUACGCCAUGAAUGUGCUGGCUGAGCAAAAUAACAAGGUCUCGGACGGUGGUGCUGUGAACCAAAGAGUCGACAACCGCCAUGGAAAAUUGCAACCUAAGCACCAAUAUAGCAACAAGUUGAUCCUACCACCCAUGGACUACCCGGAAACGGUGGCCGCCGUGUUCCAAUAUGGCGCUUGUGGACGUUUUUCCUGGUGGGCUCCGUUCUUCAAGUACGUAUACCUACUGUUAAAUGAAACAAGUUUUUUUUUUGCGAUCGCCCUCUACAACUUAUCAUGUUUAAUUCAUUUCUGGUAUUUGGUUACGGCUACCGCAAAUAUUAACCGACCAUUUGUAUUAAUCUUAAACAGACAUUUUUCAAAAAUCACACUGGCAGUAACUUAUUACGGUGUGAACAUCAUCUACGUGUGCAUACUUGCGGGAACGUUCAAACAGGUAAGAUGACAUAGGUUUGAUACGUACGUAUCGUCACACAUAUACCCACACAGACUAUUAAUUUAUCAUUUCAGUUGAUUGACCACUAUACUGCCGCGGGAAUGGAUAACUCGUGGGUUGGUUCGUUGCAUGGGCUGUCCAUCCGCUGGUAUCCAAUAGUGACCUCAUUGCUCAUUUUUCCAGUGGGUAUGGUUCGGCUGAUCAAGUACUUGGUCCCGUUUUCGAUGGCUGCCAACGCAUGUCUGUUAGUCGGGGCGGGCGCCGUGUUUUACUUUAUAGCAUGGGACGAUGGAAUGACUCCGCUCGGACCCGAAGAGCGUGCAAAGCUAGUGAUCUGGCCGGCGACUCAUUGGUCACUGUUUGCUGGCAGUACGCUAUGCUCAAUGGAAGGCGUCGGAAUGGUAAAGCACUAACAUAUACGUCUGGUCCCAUUUGCUAUUUUUUAUUUUUUAUGGUUUUACUGGAAUCGCCUCCUAGUGGAUUUAUCCUUGCAGACAGCCUUGAUUCCUGUGUGGAAUCAUCGUUUAUUGUUCAUAAAUCAACAAAACAAAUUAAACUUAAUAAUAUUCCAAUAUGUCGGAGCCAAUUUAACGAAGCUAAUAAAAAUGUUAAUUUUUUGUUCGUACAAAUUAUUGAAUAAUUAUACUUACUAAUUAAGUAUAAACCUAAUUAGUUAGUAUAAUGUACACGUAAUGUCUGCAAAGAAAAAGUACAAACAAUUUUUCGAAAGGUAGAGGGGAGAGCGUGUGGAAAUGUAUUUAUAGCUAUUAUUAUGUACCAAAAUAAAAAUGUGUUUAUUUGUUUCAUAAAACACCUCCGUUACUUUAAUCUUGAACAGCUGUUGCACAUCGAGAACGCGAUGAAAAAACCACUAGAACUUGCCGGGCCACCGACUUAUACUCUACACCGAUCUAUGGUUCUCAUUAUAUUGUUAAACGGCUUACUGGGGUUUUUUGGCUACAUUCGAUACGGCAGCAGGUGCGCAGGUAGCAUAUCACUGAACCUGCCUUCUGGAAACAAGUAAGGGUCAUGAUCGAAACUCAGAAUUUCGCGCGUUUUUUUAAAUUCUUAAGAUAAUAACAUAAUAUUUGUGCGUUAAGCAACUAGCAAGAUGCUAUGUAUUUAAUUACUAUGUAAAGAACUACUAGAUCACUACUUUUUCAGUAUCACUUUUAGAAUUUUGGAAUUACAUUAAAGAUGAACACCCUAAAGAUGCCAACAAAGUUUUGCGUGUAUUUUCCAAUUUAUUAUGAAAACGCCUGGGGAAAUCAAAAAAUAACCUCUCUAAAGUACUAUCCUAGUCAGAUUUAUUCCCAGAAAAAGUGCUACACUUAAAAAAUUUGAACAAUAUUUCUGAUUGAAAAGUUGUUCAUAGAAGAAAAAAAAAUCAAUACAUUUCUCGCUCUGCUCAGUCUAAAAUAUGAAUGAAUAGGAUAUAAAUCGUGUGAGUACCGAAUAAGAUACUCACAGCAGUCGACUUGUUAAACAAAAAACAAGUAUAUUGUUCGCAUUAAAAUUAAAUACUUUUUCUUCGUAAAAAUACAAAUAUUUUAUAAUAUUUUAAAUUGGAAUAAAAUUAUAUUUAUUUUCGUUAUAAAAAUAAAAAUAUUUGAAUACUUAAAUAAAACAAAUUUGUAAUUAAUUUAUUCGUGGGAGGUGCUAUUAUUGUUUUUUACUUUUAGGGAUGCGAAAACCAAUGAUAUGGUUAUAAUAUUUUCAGCUUUAUCAGUUUGUCACUACAGGUGACAAUUAAAUUUAAAUUGGCAUGAACAACUAAUUAUUAGGCUUACUUUACGUGCACAUUUAUAUUGAUUCAAUUUUAACUAUAAUUUGUCUUAAUAAUCACUAGCGCCCUUAUAAUACAUGUAUGUUUCCAAAAAACCUGUUUGAAUGCAUCGGUUAAAAAAUUAAGUCGGCUUCCUUCGUAUGUAAAUAUUUUAUUACCGCCAUUAUACUAUUAAAUAACGUGGUUGGGGUUUUAUUAUUGUAUUCAAAAGUCGCAAGACGUAAACUUUAUUAAUAAUAAAUAUAUUUAUUUACUGUUGUCUAUUUCAUGAAGGCUGUCCGAAGCUGUUAAGGUGAUGAUCGCGAUAGGCAUAUUGCUCACGUACGGACUCCAGCUGACUGUCACCGUAGACCUGGCGUGGCAGAAGCUGCGCAGCAUACUGGUUAAGGACCACGGAGUAGAUGGUUUGACUGAAGAAGAGGAAGAUAGUUCUCCAAGGUUGACCGCAUACUAUUAUGGUUUGCGUUUCGUCAUGAUAUUCGGGACCAGUAAGUAAACAUACGGCCCAUACGGAAUCUAAGUCAGUAGUACGUUUAGCAUUGUACCUGCAGAUAUGUAGGCGAGGGAAAUUAUUAUUAUAGAUACCAUCAUUGAAUAUACACAAUGGUGCCUACUAUUUUUAUAGUUUAACUUUUAGUAAUAGGUAUUAUAGGUAGGUAAUAGACUAUGCGGGAAAAUGGUGUGGUGUGAUAUAAAAAACAAUCAUCGAAAAUUAUAUACCUACCUAAUACCAAUACCUCCGUCCAUUUUAACUAGCUCUAGAGAGCCGCUCACAAUUUAUUUGAUACAAAUAUACAUUAUCAAAAAAUGAUUUAAAUAAUUGACAAAAGUUCCUAAAUGAAGCCUAUCGUGUCAUUAUAAUAUUUUGAAGUGUUUGAAGUCAAUAAGUGUAGAUAGCUGAUAAUAGUUCCAAUAUGGCAGUGCCAUUUUCGGUCAUACCAACGCUGAUAGUAUAGUAGUGGCCGUGUAACACAUUUGAAAGUUACUUAUAUGCCAUCUCCUUACACCAUUCCAAAAUUCUAAAAUUGAAUGUAUAAUUUUACAUUAUUACAACUUGAUGACCGCUUAGAUUAUUCAUUUAAAAAUAUACCAGUAUUACCUAUACUAUCUUACAUAAUAAAAUACCCAAUAAAGUAAAAACAAAAUCAAUAAAUAUUUCAUAACUGAAAGUGUAAGCUGCAACGCUAACACUGCUUUUAUGCACGUCUCAUAUGCUGAUGUGAGGGGAAAGGUCUAAAAUCUAUCACGUAGAUCCAUAAAAUAAAUAAUUUUCGGACCGAAUUGUUAUAAUUAUAAUUUAUAUUUCUUACUUCUUAUUCUUCUGUAGUGAUUUAGGCCUUUAAAAACAUACUAUACAAUCAAUUUUUCUUCAGUUAUCACUAUCUAACGAUAAAACUAUCACUUUCUUCCAAUCUACUUCUGGGUUUAUUUUUGUAUACAUUUUCAUUCGCCCCAUAUUCUCAUUUUCUACCUUCAACCUUCGGUGUUUUCUUCGGUAGUGGCUAUAGUGCAUUUUUUUAGUAUUGUUCCCUAUAGAAACGAUGCCUCUCUGCAUGCCAUUAGAGUACAUUAUAUUAUAUACUAUAUGCUAUGUAUAAAUGUUACGAAUAAUGUCGAAAAUUGAAUAAUGUCAAUGUGUUAUUUUUAAUACUAGAGUGGAUUGGUCUAUGAUCAGAUGUAUAGGUAAGAGCACUGUCUGUAUUCGUUUGUCGAUAUUAAAUAUACAUAGUAAUAAUUUCAAAAUUAUCGUAUUUCGCUUAAAAAUUAAAGAGAAAAAUAGACGGACCUACAUUGCACGAUAGGGGUGGGCAUCGAAAAUGCAACAAUAACGGUCUCUUUGUCGUUUUUUGAUUGAAGCAAGAUUUCUAGGAGAAAACACAAUUCAAACAAAUGCAAAAUGAUCAAAUCGUUACGACGUAAAUAUUUGUUCGUUUGUCCAACGUUUUUCCAAUCGUAAUUAGAAAAUUAAAAAAAAAAAAAAUCUUAAGGGUAAAUCGUAAGGCCUCCUUAAGGUAUCACCCAGAUGAAAUUUCCUUUCAGAAAAUGUGCUACAUUUAUUUGAAAACCGAAGCAAGAUUUCUAGUAGGAAAUUUGUUCAUAGAUAAAUUAAAAUAAACCUAACCAUCAUUGUAAAGCCAAUGCAUUCCUCGUUUCGCUCAGUUAUACGUGAAACCACGCACACCAAUAUACACAAUGCGUUUACCGAUAUUAUCGGCUGAUCCACUCUAACAUUAAAAAUAACAGCGCAAAACCGGAUCUACCGAUUAUGAAAAGUCGACACGGUCCGAUUUUCAACAUUGUAUAAUGAUACUAUAAUAAUAUUUGUAUAAUGUUGUGCGACACGACGUGUGUGUUAUUACAGUAUUGAUCGCCACGGCCGUGCCCGACAUCGGACCGCUCAUCUCGCUCGUGGGCUCCGUUGGUCUCUCGAUACUCGGGCUGAUCUUGCCGGUCUUAAUGGAAACCGUGUGGUAUUGGUCGCCGGAUCACGGGUACGAUGACGAGGAGAAACAGGGCCGGAGCGAAACGCUUGACGACGGCUCGGCGACAUCGGCGGUACGACGACGUCGGUUCAUCCGGAGUUCCGUGCGACACGUCAAGAACGUUUGUCUGUUCGCGAUGGCCGUGUUCGCGUUGGUCGGCGGCGCGUUCUACAACGUUCGCGAUAUAGCGAACGCGUUCAGUGGCGACGGCCACGGCAGUCCCGACCCGACGGUCGUCACCAUGUGAUCCGCGUAUAUUAUCCGCGAGAUUGCCAGAGACGCGCCCGGGCGUUCGACCGCCGUGUGCUACAUAUAUUUAAUCUCUCCUCCGACAAUCAAUACACGUCGGUUUUUUUUUGUUCUGAUUUGUAAAUAUAAGAUUUAUAUUAUAAUAAUAAGCACUAUAACAUUAUAGCUGUAGUUCUAUUCCGGUGGGGCGUUGCCCGGUCAUUAUAGCCCCGAACACCGAUUCUAAAAAUGCCAUAAUCAAACGGACCGUCUUAAGCAAUCGAAUCAAUAGUAACCUAGGAUACAAAUCUUGAUAAUAAUAAUAAUAAUUAUUAGUAGGGUUCGGGACUUGUACUUAAAAUUCACCAAAAAACACUUCAAGCAAAUAUUAUUAGAAGAUCAAAUGUUAGAAGAGUUUGGAUGUCCUCUGACGGCUUUAACUUAUUAAAUACAAUUUUCUAACGCUAUACGAAUUAUUAACCCGAAGUUAUUAUUUUUUUUUUUUAUAAUACGUACAAUUUCAUUUAAACAAAAUACAUUUUUGAUAAUAACUUGUGUCGUGUUAGAAAAUUAUAUUUAAUAAUUUAGAGUCUUUAGACAGGGGACAUUUAAACCUUCUAACAUUUGGCCUGAUAAUAUUUGCUUGGAGUGCUUUUUUUUAGGGCCUCUUUGACGUUUUUAGGUGCUUUUAUGCGAAUUGUAAGUGCAAUAAGUCUCGAACCCUAAUUAAUUGGUACAUCGAAUUUAAGUUAGAUGUUGUCGAAAAUCCAGUCUUAAACGAAUUAUACAUACACAUUAUAUUAGAUAUAUUAUCAAUAAUAUAAUGUCACAUAUUAUAAUAUAAUAUAACAGUGGUCGCCGUUUAUAAUGAUCACAUUCGACCGAGAGUAUUUUGAUCACUUUUGAUAAUCGGAAAUCAUUAUAAGCAGCGACUUGAAAAACUGGUAAAAAUAAAUAAUUUUACAUAUAUACAUACAUACGUUUUAUAGAUUCUUUCAAAACAGUUGGUGAUGUUCACCCGUAUAUUUUGUAUAGAUUUAUUGGGACCCAAAAAUUUCACUUUGCCAACUUACCCACAAAUUGCGCCACUGGUUUGAAUUGCAUCAGUUAUAAAAUUUGUUUGUCAGUCUGUCAGUCAUUAUCAGUUAAACACACAUACGGUUAGUCAUGAAUGACAAUCAAUGUAGUUGAUAGUCAAGACUGACAGUGUGGUUUACACUUACAUUCGAUUAGAUUAGGUUCGUAAAUUAAUGAUCGUCAGGUUUUUCUUCCUUUUGUACAAUAAUGUAUAAUUUUUAUUUCUGAUAUAACUAUUUCUGAUCACUUUAAGCGGGCAUCCCUGUAUAUGAAUGCGUACGUGUGAUUAGGAUUCUCAAUUCUUAAGUUUUUGAUUUAUAUAAUUGUAUUAACUAGGUAUGUCUAUUUGUCGAUAGUUUGGAUUAUUUAACUAUUCAAAGUUGAAAUACUUAGACUUGUAUAAUUAUAACAUGUAUUAAUUAUUUUAUAUUACGUCUAGCAACUGUUUUGUUCCUGGGUGUAAUGAGGGUUACACAUCUAAAAUUAAAAAUAAAAAUAAAUAAAUUACACGGAAUAAAACGUAAAGCCAACAUUUAUUAUUUCCUAAAAACUUCCCGUGAACUACAAAAUGUUUAUCUAUAUGUUAUAUAAAAUAACUUGUUCUGACUGACUGAUUCAUCAUCGUACAGCCAAAUUACUGGACGGAUCGGGCUGAACUUUGGCAUACAGAUAGCUAUUAUGACGUAGGCAUCCACAGAUAAAGGACUUUAGAAAACUCAACCCAUAAGAGGGUUAUUUAGUGGUUUUCAGGUAUAUUCGGUACGAAUCUAAUUUUUAUGCCAUUUUUUGGCAACUGAAUUGCUUAUUUAUUGACUUUUGUUUAUUCGAGGGUUGCAUUGGUGAUAUGGAUGAUAAUUUGGCUGUCACGGACGACAAGAAAAUUAUUUUUACUAUUAUUAUAACACUACUAGCUGUCCCGCCUGUCGUUGCCCGAGCCAUUUUUUUAUUAUUUGUUUUACCCAUAUUACUUUUUGGUAUUGACUGUGUUGAUAUUGAAUGAAAACAAAUAAGUGGAAAGUGGAUAGUCCACCUUCGGCGGAUUAAAAGUAUUCUGUUAUAACAUAUAUAUUUAAAUUUUAAAUUACUAUUUGCCUUAAGCAUUAAACAUUUCUGAAUACACCAUAUUAAGUGUCUCAUCUUCCGGGACUAGCAAAUUUUUUUUAACUGUACAACGGGAAAAAUAUUGGACGGUUUGGUCUAAACUCUAAACCAACAACAUUUAAUGUUUGACCUUGUGCCUUAUUGAUGGUUAUUGAUAAACAUAGUUUCAUGGGAAAUUGGAGUUAUUUAAACUGGAAUGGUAGAUUGGUUGAUAUCAUUAGUAAGACUAUUUUCUCAGCUCCACAGUCAGUAAUAAUCGUACACUUAAGCAGACAGUUUUUUAAAGAUUUUAUUUGGCAUCUUGUGCGUUAUUAAUAACCAUAGAUACAUUUUGACGAAUCUUUUUUGUCCAUAAAUUAUAAAAAGACAACGUUUAUAACAUUAGUGAAAUGGAAUCAAGUUUAAAUCUCAGACAUCAUUAUAAUUUUUACUAAUUAUUUUAUUGAAAAAGAAAAUUACAAAUCAAUAAGCAUGCCCGAUUAACCAAUAGUAACCAAUAUUAUUAUUUUAAUCUGCGACCAAUAGCAACCAUAUAAUAAACAAAAAUAUAUUAUCAUUUAGCACCAAUGUUAUUUCAUUACCACCACACAUUCCUCUUAAACCGCAACCUCUGUGACUUAAGUUGGUACGUCUGAUUAGUGGCAUUUUGAAGAACCAACCAUUCUCACGUGAUGCGAUAAUCAAGGGAAAUAGAGAUCCAUUUAUGUAUUUAUAGAUUAUCUGGCGAUAGCAGAGCAUUACCGGGUUAGCUAUAUAAUAAAUAGAAAGACGCACAUACUUCGCACGUGGGUGGGUCACUAUUAUGAGUAAGAAGUUGGGAAGGUAUAGGGAAAAAUCAAUGUAGGUACAUCUGUACCCAACGAUUGAAAAAUGUCUAUCGUGUAAAUUGGAGAAAAAUUGCUGGUAGAAAAGUUUUUCACAGACAAUUUUUGGAAAAUCUACGAUAAUUUUUUCUGUGGUCAACUUUUCAGUCAAUGAGAAAAACCGGGAUAAAACGUUGGAAAAAGGGGGAAAUGUACAAAGUGUAUUUUUUUUAACUCGUAAAUAUUACGACCUUUUAAAACAUGUAUGAACAAAUUUCUGUUCAGAAUCGUCUUUCCUUACCAAAGAUUAAUCGUUGCGUACAGAUAUACAUUAAAUUAUCUUCUAUAUCCUACCUUUCCUUUUCAUCUACAACAGUAGCCCACCUAUCAUGACAUCGUGCGAAGUAUGUCCGUCUCUUUAUUCAUAUAGAUUAACAAUCAAUUUAUUAAAUUUAUAUAAAUUGUUGGCAAAUACAAAUAUAAUAUAUGCAUACAUGGUAUAAAAAGAAAGCUGUGCUGUCUGCGAAAGAUGACUAUAAAACGGUAUACGCGCUCUCCUACUGUCGAACGUCCCUAAUUCCUGAUAGGUUAGGUUGAACUACCCUUCCUUUGAAAUCCAACACUCCCCCUCCGAAAAAAAAAAAAAAAAUUGGCUUUUUAUUUCAUAAUAAUCGGCGUUUAUUUUAUAUGAAAAUCACGAACAAAUUUCACAAUAGAACACUAUAGAACACUAUAGAACAAAAUAGAAAAAAAAUAAAAUUGGUACGGGCAACGUCGGGUGUGGAACAGCUAAUAAAAUAUAUAGUUCAAAAAAAUUUUUUUUAAAUUAUAUCUCAGUCUAAAAGUCAUAUAUUCCUGGAAGUAUAUAAUAUAUAGUAUAUUGUAUACAUAUAUAUGUAUGUAUGUAUAUUGUGUAUGUAAACAGAAAAUGUAUUGUGCAAUAAACAUUUGGUAUACUUAGUGAUUGUGCGUGUAUCUACAUACAAUACCGUGAAAUGGAAAAUAAUAAACGGAAUUAAAUAUUCUUUCAGUUUCAAAUAAAGUUUAUUUAAUAUUUUUAGUUGAAAAAGUUGAAAAAUGUGAAAUCACUAAAGAAUUUAUCAUGUCACAAAAAUACAUCAUAGUUAAAUAAAUACUAUAUUAUAUAUUAUUAUGAUGAUUAGGAUAUUAUUAUUAUUAUUAUGUUAUACUUAUAAUUAUCAUAAUUUUCUUAAUUUCAGAAAUAAUAUUAUAAUUCCAAUAUUUUUUUUAUCAUUAUUAUUUCAUAACAUUAAUAUUAAUAGACCGCAAAUGUUUAAUAUAUCUUAAAAAUAAUACUUACUCUAGACAAAUACAAAAAAUUGGUACAUAAUUUAUAGCAUUUAAUAGCAUACAGGGUUCCCACAAAGGGGAGGAGGGUGUUGAACCUGCAGUAUAGGUACCCGGUUAGUUUAAAGGUCCAUGGGCCCGUUAAAAUGAAUUUGUAAUUAUUGAAACUUUAACAGGAAUACUUAUUUUUAUACAAAAUAAUAUUGUAAAAUAACAUUUAAUGAUAUAUAUAUAUAUAUAUAUAUAUAUAUAUAUACAAAUUUAAGACAUAUAUAAUAUAGGUAUUUAAUCAUUUUCAUAUUUUAAGAUGCGGGUUAACCAUUGAUUACCUAGAAAUUAUCGUGUUUGAGUUUUCCAUAUCGCUUGUAGUAGACACUCGACGCUAUUCGCUUAUUGAUGCAAUUUUUUUAUUUGUCUUAUUGCAAAACAAUUACCUAGUAUCAUAAAUGCAUUGGAUCGCGUAAUAAAAGAACUUGGUAACACAUUGUGAAGUUAAAUUGAUGAAAAAAUACUUAACUUUGUUUAAAAGUCUAUUAUGUCUUCGUUUUGGUAAAAAAAUAUUAUCAUUUAUUGAUCAAAGAAAUGAUAUUAUACAAAAAAGAAGAAUAUCAUAAGAUGUAGAAAUUAACCUCCUCUCUUAGAUUUCAAAAAAAACCUAUAAUAUAUACGAGAUAGUUGGCCUUAAAUUUUAUUCGAAACGCAGCAAGUAGCUAAAAAAAUUAAAAUAAUACAAUUAAAAGACGUCCUCUGAUAAUAGGGACGAGUGCAGCCAUUGUUAUAGACAAUUUAAUGUAUACUUGUAAGCAACGAUAAACCAUUGAUUACGAAAAAACGAUUCUGAGAGGAGUUCAGUUGAUAGUGAUCCUUUGUCAACAAUAUAUAUGUCAAUUUAUAGUAAAAUAAUAAAAUAGACUUUAAUAUAUAUUUUCUUUAAUAAUAUUUGUUUUAUGUUGUUUUCUCAUGUCUAACUCUUGAGGAAAUCGAAAAACCACAACGCAAUAAAUAAAUAAAAAAUUCUAAAUUAAGAGAUAAAAUUGAGUAUGUUAUUCACUAAUAAUUCACUGUUCUGCAUUUUUAAUUUACAAUAUUAACAACAAAAAAAUUAACAGAUAUAUCAAGUUCGGAUUGUAUUUGAUGUUUCAAUAAUAUUAUUAACUCAAAUCUUUAAUAUUACUGUAUACAAAAAGCACCACUUGGUACAAUCGUUUUCCUCCAAUCACCAGUCUCUAGGAUCCGAUAAUUAUUAUCACACAAUACACAACAACCAUUUUUACACACACACUAUAACAAUUUUACAAUAAUUUUCAGUAAUAUUAUUUAUUAUCUUCCAAGUUUCUUUAGUGUCAUUUUUUAGUUUUUGAAAUUCACCUCAAUAAAGAAACUCCUUUAGCUUUACAAAUAAUUGUUAUUAAAAUGUUUCUGUAUACAGAGUGUCCCAAUGCAAUCAUUUUUGUUCUUUUCAAUAAUCUAGAUAUACAUUUUUUUUUAAAUAAUUAGUAUGUGUGAGCGCUACAGUUUAUUUUAUUUUUUAAUAAUAAUAUUAAAUGGUUAUUUUUCAAAAGUUUAGAUAAUUUUUAUUUAUUUAUUAUAGAUAUUACAAUACCAUUUGUUAUCUAACAUUGUAAUUUAUUUGUUAUUUUUUUUUUUUUAACAUUAGUGUUACAAAUUUAUUAAUAAAUGUAUGCAUUUUAUUAUUGAAAAUAACAAGAGCUAUAUAAACAGCACUGAGGUUUAGCAAUUUUUGCCAAUCCUCAGUUGAUACUAAAUUUUUAGAUGAUUAAAAUCAAAUUUUUAUUUAUCGGGAAAAAGAUUUUCCUCAUUAUUUUUGUUGUACCCUUCAAUACAAUUACAUUUAAAUUGAAUAACAG